AUGGCAAAUAUGUUAAAGCAAAUUAGUGUGAUUGUGCUUGUGCUCGUGCAAUUGGUCAGCGGUCUACAUUUUUACACUUCUCCAGGUGACACCAGAUGUUUUUAUGAAGAAUUGCCAAAAGACCAAGUUGUUAUUGGGAAAUUUGAUGCAUAUGUCAAUUCAAGAGGUAAUGAAUUCGAAUCAGAUUCUAGAUUGAAGCUAUCAAUAACAGUUGAUGAAACUUUUGAUAAUGACCAUAGAGUUGUUUCACAAAAAAGUUCUUCAAGCGGUGAUUUUACAUUUUCAGCUUUAGAUUCUGGUGAACAUAAAUUCUGUAUUACACCAAGCUACUCUGAUAAAACUACCAAGAUCCGUGUGUUCUUUGAUUUGGUUCAAGCCGCUGGUGAAACCAUUGAUAGUAAAAGAAAAGAUGAAGUUUCAGUAUUGACGAAUAAAGUCAAACAAUUGAAUAACAUGAUACAAGAAAUUCAAAACGAACAAAAAUUAAUGAGGGUAAGUUGA